GCGCAAGUGACGACUGCGCAUGUUUCCAUAGGUGCUAUGUCAGUUGCAGCCGUUGCAGCAGUAUCACGUUUUCGCGGGUUUCGCGACUUGUAGAUUUGUAGAUUAGAGGUGAUUGUGGUGUUUGUCGGUGUUGUGUUGGUGGUAUUGGUGGUAAAGGUCGUAAAGUCGUAAAGGCCGGUUGUAAAUUUGUUCGGCGUUGUUUGUGUAGGUGUUCUGUGGUUAUUGUAAUUAUAUUGUAACUGCUGAAGUGGUAUUUAUUAAGCAGGGCGACCUGUAUGAUCCUGUGGACCUACUGCUGAUUCUAUAGUUUAUAAAAGUGUUUUUCUAAUUAUGUACAAGAGAAAGCCCAGAACGCCUAGAAACACAACUCCGUCACAUGUGACAACCUCCACUCCGAAAUAUCAAUCUGGAAAUGAAAAUGACCGUGGACGGAACAGUUUACCAUUACAGCUAUCGUCAGUGACAUCUUCACAACAAAGGAAUGGAACUGAUGAUCAUAUUUCUAAAAAUUUGAACCGUAUUAGAUGCUUUGGCUCAUACUUUGAAGAAGUUGUGACAGAAGCAGGCUACAUAUUCCAGCAAGGAGAGAGCCCACAUUUACUCUCCCAAGACCAAGCUGUCUUUUCUCGUGAUGUGGAUCUAUCCCUAAAGAAGAACCCACUUUACCCUAAGAAUAUUGAAGAUUUCAUUGCAGGUUUUGAGAAAUACUGCAGUGAAAACAGCAAUCUUAAGAAAGUGCUGACUCAUACAAAGACAUCUCCAGAGUGCAAGGAUGCACGAGGAGCUCUGCAAGAGAGUUUGGUUCGCCUUCUUCUGUCAGUUGAAUGUUUGCAGCCUCGGAUCUCUGAAAUACUCCUUGAGAAAGUGGCGGAGUUUGCAUUGACUGGCGAUGAUGAUCCAGAUACUGUAGAAGAAGUACCAUGGGUUCAAAUUAUUCUCCGCCAGAUGCGGCUUCUGGAUCGCAUUGUGGAUGGCAACACAUUGAAUGAACGCCUCUUUGCUCUUUUGGUUGCUGCACCCUUACCAGUUCAGCAGGAGAUUAUAUUCUGCCUACCUGAUAUUAUAGGUGAUGAGCAGCACCAUGAAGCAGCUUUACAGCUCAGCAAACUUCUGAGAACAAACUUUCGGCUGACGGCCGUAGUAAUGGAAGCGCUAGACAAUUUAAGUUUAGAAAAUACAUUGAGAGCAGAGGUGUGCAAGCUCAUGUUGAUAUUUCUAAACAAAGCUCCACCAGAGUUUCUGCCAGCAAUAGUUGGUUUUUUGAUUUCUUCUGAUGAGCCUUUUGAGAAUUUGGUGGAGGUGGUGUCAGGCCUGCGUAAAAAACUGGACCUAAAUCUAGCGGAUGGCUUAGAUGGAAACAUCCAAGUGCUCACAUUAUCAGCUUUACACUCCAGAGCACUGAGUUCCCAAAGACUGGCUGACAUCUGGCUGAAAGCUGUAUCAGGUGCACAUAGUCCAUCAGAACUUUACCCACUGGAUAUAGUUGUAUUGCUGCUUCUCCACUCGUUUAUUCCAGGCCUCAAAAAGCAAGUUCAGAAUAUUUUGCGCAGUCACAUCAAAGGUGGUGUUGUUACUGAAGCACUCAUAGAGAAGACUUUCACCAUAUAUCUUGCCGCAAUGAAGGAGUACUUGAAGUCUGCGCUAGAAAUUGCAACAACUCUUUUUAAAUCACCUGAUCCACCUGUGUCAUACCUAGGAAGUGUAUGGUUCAAGUUGAUGCUUGUACAUUUGGAACAUUAUCAGAGUCAGUCUAUAAUUCUGGAACUACUCCUGCUCAUAGGAACUUGUAAUGUAAAUAUUGCAAGAUCAGCACUUGAAGUAUUAGCUGGUGUUGAUUCCCGUCACCUUCUACAACAUACUCUCCUGCUCAUGGGCUUGUUGGACAACCUACAGGACAUGGAUCUGAUUCAGGUGGAACAUGUGAUGGAUCUUCUCUGCAAUCUUGUAUAUGGUGGUGGUGGUGUAGAUUCUCUGCAUGAAGAUGAAAUCCACAUGAUGAUACGCAAAUAUCUUUCUAGCUCCAGUGACAUGUUAAAGCAGAAGGGUGUUGUGGGAGCAGUAAUGGCACUAAAACACAUGGCCACUUCAGAGAUAGAUUCUCAGGAAAAUAUUCAGUCUUCUUCAAGUACUGAUGACAGCCAUUUGUCUGAGCGAGCCAGCCGUGCUAAGGGGCUUCUUGAACUUGUUAUGGAAAGUGUGAAGAGUAGUGUUGCUUGUGUGGGUCUUCUCUAUGAUCAGCUGGCUGCCAUGGUCUGUAGGUGCGAUGCACUUGACAUCAGCUUUUUGAAAUGGAUUGCAGAAGAGAUUGCAGACAGGUUUCAGGAUUAUUUUGUCAAGGAACUGAAGGAGGUGUCCAAAAUGGGGUAUACACAGUUUUCCUUGGAAGCUUCAGAAGAAGAUUAUGAAGAUGCUAUCUGUGUAAAUAUAGAAGGGGUGUUAAGGAAUGAAAAAUCACAAGGGAACAUAGGGGCUGUAGCUGCUCAGUCACUGUGUGUGAUGGCUCCAAUGUUCCGACUGCUGCGAUCUCUUCAGUUUCGAAUUUCAAAUAAUCUGGAUUCUGUAGAUGGUCUCCUCAGUUGUUCAGUAGCAAUGCCCAAGGAUAUGACUGAUUUAAUUGAUGAUUUUCCUAAACUGAAUCAUGAUGAACAGAUUUUUAUAUUAGAUAGUCUGUUUUAUUGCAUAAACUGGUUCCGAGAAUUGGUUAAUGCUUUUUCACUUCUGCGUGACGAAGAGAUGCAGACGAAGGUACUUCAGCGCAUUGAAAAUAUUAUAUCACUUCAGCAGCUGCUAGCUAAGGGCCUGGGUUAUGCAAAAUCCUUGGACUACAGACCACCACGUUGCCAUUUUUAUGUGGAUGUGAAGCCACUGUUACAGGAAAAACUUAAGAAACCUGCAAAUGAGAAAAGAGCUGGUAAGGGUAAAGGAAAAGGCAAACAAAAGGGUAAGACUAAGGAUGCAGGAAAUACAUCAAUAACAGAUGUAAAUGCAGUUGUGCCAGGUAACCCAUCAUCCAAUGUAACAGGGGAAAUGGAUUUGUCUGUGUACAAAGAUUUCUUUCGAGAGUUGGACAUCGAAGUGUUUGUUGCCUUGAGCAGCUGUCUUGUAUUGGAUGAGAGAGCUGUGAAGGAAGAUAAACUGGUACUAUAUCCGACAGGGUUGCUCUUUUUACUAGAAGAUUAUGUUACCAAGUUGGAUCAUUGUCUUCCUUCUACAUUGAAGCUAAUUAGCUCCUUGGCAACCACUCAGCAGGCAGCAUCUGUUGGGUAUGCUAGCCUGGAUCGUAUUCCUACACCACUCAUUGCUCGCCGUGCUAUGAAGCUUCUGACAUUCAUUUUAAUGAAGCUGGAAGCCACUGCUGAAUAUUGCCAGAAACUGCUAGAUUCAAAUGAUGGAAUUUAUGAUGGCCCAGAAAUGUUUAAAGACGGCUCAGCAGAAGUGAAAUUAUGCUACAGCAUGCUGCUUCAUUCAGUAGCUAGUACUUUGGGCUGGAUUGGAUUCCAUAGCAGUGCAUAUAAUGCCUUACUGAGAGACUGCUUGCAUAUUAUAGCCAGCAGACAAAACAGUGAAACCACCAAGACAGCACUAUUAAAAGAGUUGGUGCUGUUCAGUUGUCAGUACUUUCUCAGAUAUGCAAGCUGCACAGUGCUUUUGACAUCUGCUGGAAAUCUCGUAAGAGUGAUGCAGGUUCUGUCCACUUUUGCACCAAACGAAGCCGAACCAAGACAGAAAAUAGCUGAAGUAUGUCAUGGGUUUCUUUCUCGGCAAUGGUACACCCUAAAUGGAUUGCCUGAGCAUGGAGCUGUAUAUAACAGACAGAUAGAAUCACUUCUGAAAAGUUAUUUUGCCAAUGUAACCGACACAUUGUCAGUUGUUAAUACCACAGCAAAAUGGGUGGAAGAUGAAAUACAGAUGCUUCAGAACAAGGAUUCCUGUCUACAUACCUUCCCAACAAUUAACAAGACCAACUUUCCAGUCUUGUAUCGCAACUUGUGGUACGCUCUGGAGACUGCAACUGACAAAGCUUUGGAUUCAUCUGCAGAUAAAGGUUCUAAGUUUAAAGUUUGGCACUUAGUGUGCAGUACUAUGUCAGUUCUCACAAAUGUCAUCAGACAGCAUGCUCAUCGUACAAACUAUCAGGCUUACAUCAAGCAAUCUCAAGCAAUAAUAAAAUUGUUCCUAUCGGAUGGAAUGCCAGUGUUGGAGGCCCUUCUAAAAUCCAUGAGUGAAGAUGUUAUCGGCUUGCUGAAGAUACUUCAAGUCACCACACGAUACCUUCAUACACUUUGUAUUAGCACAAAGAGGGAGAAAAUGGCAGGACUGACCAUUUAUGUGCCAAUAGUCCGCAAGACUCUGGAGACACUUAUCUUUAGAGUAAAGGGUAUGUUAGUAGCAAAUAACAGCCCUGAUGCCUUUUGGAUGGGAAACCUCAAGAAUAAAACAAUCAGAGGGGAUGAAAUUAUGUCACAGGAUUCUGCAGCAGAUGAACAAAAUAGUGAUGAUGGUGAUGAAGAAGACCUUCCACAAGAUGAAAAUUCAGAUAUUGAUUUGGAUAGCCAUGAGGACAAACAUAGUGGUGAACAUGACGGCUCUAUAAGUGAUGUGUUCUAAACAUAUAAUCACAAAAGACUUAAGGCAAGCAGGAGGUGGAAAGAGUGGCCAAGGAAAGCUCAGGAAGAGUCUCCACCUUCCUCUCCUCAGCAACAGUAUUUACAGAAGACCUGGUGGCUGUCUGGACCAUAGGAUACACUGUAAACCUGCUCACGUCUACCUGAACUCUGGCACCCAUCACUUACCACUCUUUUUUUUUUUUUUUUCGGAGGAACUUAUUUAUUAACAA